AUGGAUCCUCACAUUCUAAAUAUUUCAUCGACCAAUAUUAGUCGUUCGGAUAUUAUAAACUUUCCAUUUCCAUAUAAAUUAUGGUUGGUUAUAAAUAUGGAUUUCUGUGAAUUUCUGCGUUGGAAUCGUGAUGGAACGGUGGCUCUUUUGGAUUUACCCAGUAUGCAGGAGUACCUGAAUUCGAUGCGUUCAAUUUUUAAAAUCAAAAAUUGUUCAGUGUUUCUACAACAUCUUGUGGAGUUCAAAUUUGAACGUCUUAAUGUACAGCCCGAGGACGAUGAGGAUAUUAUUUUGCAAUAUAAACAUGAAUCGUUUCAGCGUUAUCGUUUGGAUCUAUUGGCAAAUGUUCGACGUGUCAGCACCAAGGAGUGCUUAGAUAGCAAGAAAGAUGCGGAGGAAUCUCCUUCCAACAAAGAGGCACAAAACCCACAGGCUAUGAUCUCUGAAAAAUUGUCCAAACGUAUGCUGGGCGAUUUGUGCUUCAUGUCUCAUGGAAGUUUAUCGGAAAUUCAAAAAAGUCGCUUACGUUUUCAAACGAUUUUCAAUUUCCAAAAUGAAACACGUUUAUUACGUGAAAAAAUAAGAAUUGCCGAUGAAAUUGCUGAACGUAAUAAGCGUAGUCGUUUAGUUUCCCCCAUUGGGAAUAAUUCCAGAACAGCAAUGGAUGAUGAUCAGGUUAUUGAAGUAUCUGCUGAUCUUUAUGAAAAUCCCCAUGAUUCGGUGCUAAAUUUUGCUGAUGACUUUCGACCGGAAUAUGCUGGUUACUAUGGAAAUGUUAGUAAAGACAUGUUGGUAAACUUUUUUGGUGAAUACCUGCCAACCUAUGCUGAUGGAACUAUGGAAGUGCAAAAAAUCAUUGCCGAUAAUAGUGGCACCCAAACAACAAUUGCAGCUGAUACCAAUGCCGAUGCCGUAAUUUCAUAUGAUAUGGCUAUUCCAACAACAAAUGAUCAAGCCAUGAACGAUCUACAUUUCUCCUCAGCAUUGCAGCCAAUAUUUAAAACUGAAAACAAUGAACAUAAAUCGCUUUACGAAAAUCAAACUGAAUUUCAUAUUUUCUCUGAAAAUGUUGUUAACAUCAACGACAAUGGAAAUGAAAUAGCAUUGGAUGAAUUUCUUAAAUUUAAAGAUCCGUUAGCAUUGCAUAGCAAUGAUGUAGUGGAAGAGAAUAAAGAAAAUAUUAAUACCGAAACGGAUUUAAAUGAAUUUCUACAAUUUAAAGAUCCCCUUUCAUUGGAGAACAAUCACAUUAUGGAAGAAAAUAAAGAGAAAUUUAAUGAAAUGCCUCAAUGCUCAAAAAAUUGUUAUAAUACUUAUACAAAGGGUGCUUAUCCAAAAUUGAAAUUAGAUGAGAAUAAAAACAAAGAAGAUGAAGCCAAUUUUCGUAGCUUUUUUCGACAAUAUAAGGCAUCUUUGAAUUUGCUAUAUGAUAAUUAA